UACUCGUGGUUGACUCUAACUUUCUUUAGGAAGUGAUGUUUGUGAUCAAAAUGACCUAAGAGACUCUUUCAUUCUGAAUUCUCAUAGGUGAAAAAUGACGGAGCCGUCAAAGGUCAUUCAUGUUCGCAACGUGGGCCAUGAGAUCUCAGAGAAUGACUUGCUUCAGCUAUUUCAGCCGUUUGGAGUCAUUACCAAACUUGUAAUGCUUAGGGCAAAAAAUCAGGCCCUCUUGCAAAUGCAAGACGUUCCUUCGGCUGUAAAUGCAAUGCAGUUCUAUUCAAAUGUUCAGCCCAGCAUAAGGGGGAGAAAUGUUUAUGUACAAUUUUCAUCUCAUCAAGAACUGACAACCAUGGAUCAGAAUACCCAAGGGCGAGGAGAUGAGCCUAAUCGAAUUCUCUUAGUUUCAAUACAUCACGUGCUAUAUCCUAUGACUGUGGAUGUGCUGCAUCAAGUUUUUUCACCUCACGGAAUUGUUGAGAAGAUCGUGACAUUUCAGAAGUCGGCUGGUUUUCAAGCUUUAAUUCAGUACCAAUUACUCCAGAAUGCUGUUUCUGCUAGGAACUCUCUCCAGGGGCGUAAUAUAUAUGAUGGCUGCUGUCAACUUGACAUACAAUUCUCAAACCUAGAUGAAUUGCAAGUGAGCUACAAUAAUGAACGCUCGAGGGACUUCACCAACCCAAAUCUACCAGCAGAGCAGAAGGGCAAAUCGCCUCAGGGAUAUGGAGAUGCAGGAGGCAUGUACUCCUUGCAAGGUUCUGGGCCUCGUGGAGUUGGAUUUCCUCAGGUGUGCAUCUCUCUCAUCUUUAAAAUAUUUUUAAAAUUAAAAUCGGCCCCUUUUUACCUAGGGGGAACAAAAACUAGUUACUGGAAAUUUGUCCUUCCUUAA